AUGAAGUACCUCGAGUACCCCGAGCUGGAAGUGCUCUCGCGCGCACUGACGUUCGAGAUGGCAGAGUGCAAAGUAUUCACACGCUUGGAAGCGUAUUCGUGCAAAGCGGUAAAUAAAGAGAAGCGGCUGUUUAAAUCACUCGAGUCGUCCUACCUGCUCUCGGCCUCUACAUCGCCGUCCGCGUACCUCGACGAGGCGCUCGCAUCCCCGUUUGGGCGACUUGAUCAGCCGGCCGCACGCAAGACCUUGUUUCUUCUCAUUGCCACGCUGAACGGUGCAUUUCCCGACCAUGAUUUCAGCGACGUGAACCCCACGGAUUUUACGCGCGAGUCGAGUCCCGACAUGGUCCUCAAUAGCUUGGCAUCGACAUUACAGAGCCUGCGAAGUGGAACUGGGUCGCCGCACAGUUUUGGGUCGUUCAAUAGUGCGCUGGAGGAGUCUGUCCUGCUCGCACGCUCCCCGAUCCACGCGGCUGCUACGCUCGGCGCAUAUACAAGCACAGGCACCGCGCGAUCGACCAAUGCGACAAUGAGCGUCGUGCUUGACGAGAUCAUAAAUAUUGCCGAGUGUGAGGUGUACUCGUUCCACCCCGAUAUGGACUCGGAUCCACACGCGAGUGCGGAGCCCGACGAAGAGGGCCUUGAUGUUGCAGACGAUCCGUACAACGAGGGCGACGAGGUGCACGCUCAGCGCACGCAUUCGGCAGACGAGGCACAGCUCACUGAUACGCCCAUGUUCGACGAGGAUGUAGAUGCGGGUGGAUUUGGCGGCGCAGACGCCAUGCACGCACCUACACAUCCACAAACCUCGCAGGAGCCGUCGCCCGCGCUGACGGUCGACGAAGACGAUUUGGGCGGCGCUGGCGCUGGGCUCUUGUGGUCUACGUUCGCAUUUUUUUAUAACCGACGCAUGAAACGCAUCCUGUUUGUGAGCGUGUGGAGUAGGAAGAACUCGGCGCACAACACAAUAUGGAGUCCUUCGUCGGGGCCGGUACGGUCCACGCCGCUCUCUGCAAUCAGGCCUUUGGACCUUGGCGCAGCGCAUACCAUUGCUCCGCAUGUGCGUGUUGAGCGCCCUGGCGAGCAUCUGCUGACGCCGACUGCCUCGCCACACAAGAUGCACGCCCGCCGCCGAUCCGAGGCUCGCCCCGCGCCGUAUGUCAUGACGCAGAUCCAACGUACUCGACGCGCCGCUCGUGGACGCUCCGCCUCAAAUUCACCCGCUCCUUCAGCCAUGUCCCCAUUUCCACACGCACAGGCGUCGGCCGCUCAGCCACACGAAGACAUGCCGUCGUUUGUGCACAGUACAAGUGCGCCGUCCACACAACGAUUUACGUUCGGCGCGUCGCCGCCGGCUGUGAAGCGUACGGGAGAGAUGCACGGUGGGCCGCUCGAUGCCGUGACGAAGCGCUCGCGCGCCGCCAUGUUCCCGCACGACGCGCAGUCGUGA